CGGAACAGUUAAACUGCAAGGAUGGAUUUGUGUCUUGUUUCUGUUUUUCUGCUGGGCUUACUUAGCUUUAAUUGGAGCUCUGAGGCAGCAAUUACAGCGUGGACAUUGCCUGGACCUAUUACCGGAGCCUCUGGUUCUAUUAGUGCCACGGCAAUUCCUGAAAACCCAGUAGAAGGAGCUGUUCUAUUUACCGCAAAAGCAACAACUGCUGUGAAUUACACAUUGACGGGCAACGCUGGAGGAAAAGGGACGAUCAAUUCUACUUCUGGUGUUGUAACGCUAGCGAAGGGGCAAAUUAUUGACUUUGAAACCACAACUUCUCUACAGUUCCUCGUCGUAGCCACAGACAGUACCGGUUCAAAUGGAACAGCAAAUAUCACCUUGCCAAUUACUAACGUUAACGAAGCUCCAGCCUUCUCGUCAGCCACGGAAACUGCUUGUAUUAAGGACAACUCCCCAGCAGGUACGACACUUGGAACCUACAUUGCGACUGACCCUGAUAUUGGAAAUACUAUCACAUACUCUAUUACUUCCGGAAACUCAAAUACCGACUUCGAUAUCUCCGGGAAAGGCGUGAUAACUGUAGCCACUGGCAAAACCCUUUCAAAGGCUUCAACCGCCACUUACAUACUGGUUGUUAAUGCGACAGACAGUCCCUCGCCACAUCUGAAUGGAUCGACUAUUGUAUCGGUCACCGUUGGGGAUUGUAGUGGCGCCGGAAUGGUAACGGCACUCAUGUAUUUAAUGUUUGCAGUUGUUGUUACCACACAACUUCUUUAAGAGAACUGUUUUUUAUCUAUUCUAAGGAACACUUACAACACGUGUGAUAACAACUAAAGGCUAGAGACGAAAAUAUUUGGUCAUUAAAUUAUAGAAACAUUUUAGCUGAUCAACCCGAUUUAUUUAACAAUUUAUCUAUCGCGCGACAAUAAUAUUGAUGUAAUUUAAUGUUCCUUUAUAUUUGCUAUUGUAAUCAGAUUUUAUUACUAUUCUUGUUUAUUGUUUAUCUGGAUAUAUGCUUGAAAUGUUUUUGUUUUCAUAUUCCCACCAUAGUUCUGUUAGAUCGAUGAUGUGUCACAUAGCUCCAUGUGGUAUUUGUUUUCUAAAGUGAAGCCAUCGAUGCGUUUGAUUAUUAGAAAUUUCAAAAGAUGCAAUUAACUUAUAGGAAGCCAUUCAUCAUUAGUUAAAUAUAUAUAUAAAUAAAAUCCACGUACUAAUAAAGUGAACUUUUUAUAGAAAGCAAGUAUUUAUGAUAUCAACACAUUUGACUAGUGACAAUAGCUUUAAACCAAAAUGAUUUCCAUUGGCCAUAUGAAUUGUUUUAUGUUAAGUGCGUCUCCGAUAAUAAAACAGGACAUAUGAAAACGACGAUACCUGAGAAAUUCAAUUAUGAUAUUGCUUUUACAGCAGUGAUGAUGAAUUUCUAUGAACGAUGUUUAAAAUACUUUCUGGAAACUAUGCAACUCUCUCUAACAGACUUUGUAGAAAUUAUCAAAUAAAAAUUAAACAAUA